AUGGAGUCACCCAUAGCCUGGUUCAACUUAUUUGGUGUCGAGAUGACGGGGCCGUUAGCCUCAUGCGUGCAGUUUGGUCCCGCAGGCAGGGAGUAUGAUGGCUUAGUGUUAGCCUUUCAGCCUCCAAGAAUCACCAAGCAAGGCGAAAUGACAACGUUCCGGUCAUACACCAAUGAGGAAAUUGCCACCGGCAGGGUCAACUUUGCCAUGAUUCAAGAAUGGCUGAAGUCUUGCAACAAGCAUCAGAAGUGUCGACUUAAGGAUGAAGAGAAGCCAGACAGUGUGAUAAAACGGCGAUUGGAAGAGGGAGAACUCCGGUUGAUCGAUGUGCUGACAUUGGAAAUCGUCCGUUCCAAUGGACUACUUCCGUACGUCGCUCUGAGUUAUGUCAUUGCUCAGCAAGGCGCCGCACCUACGGAGCCAGCUCCGUUCGACAGAAAUCGGCUGCCAGAUCCAGAUCUGCUGCCACAAACUAUAAAGGACGCUUUGCAAGCCACUAAAGCCAUUGGAGAAAGAUAUCUAUGGAUAAGUGCUUAUUGCAUCGAUCAAACUGAUGCCGAUGAGAAGCAAAGGCUAAUUGGGAAGAUGGACUUGGUAUACGAAGGUGCAGCAUUAACCAUUUGUGUUUUAACACCAACAGGCGUUGGGCCUGGUAUGUAUGGUGUGAGCUUGCCGAUCGUGCGAUUCGACCAAGUCAUUGAGACAAACUCAGUUGGAACCUUUCUCACUGUCCAAAUCCCACGCCUUGUUAGACAAAUAAGCAGCUCACUGUGGCAGACUCGUGGUUGGACAUUUCAAGAAGCGGUAAUAUCUCGACGAUGCUUACUUUUCACCUCUGUUGGAGUUGCACUGUGGUGCAGGUCUCAAAUUUAUCACGAAGCAUUCAAUUACUCCGACGCUUCUGUGCAUGACAGUUCUAUCUUGGGCCCUCUUCCGUAUGGGAUCGGGGUGAGCAGGUUACCCUUUUCUUUCAGAAUUGAAAACGAGUCUUUUGGGAACCGAUGGCUCUUCAAUACUUGGAAUCAAAUUGUUCAUAGCUACACUUCACGCCAACUGACAUACAAUGCUGAUGCUGAGAAGGCCAUCAUGGGUAUCUUCAACAGAUAUUCUGAGAUUACGGGAACUCCGAUUGUUCGCGGAUUACCCCUAGCGGCCGGAGUUUGCAGUCUCGUCUGGAGGUUCCAAAACUGUGGUUCCUGCGAGAGAAGGAGCGAAUUUCCAUCCUGGACUUGGUUAGGAUGGUCUGACAGCCACGGUGUGUCCUAUGACUACUGGAUAACUAAAUACGGAGCCCAAUCACUCCCGCAACGGCUGGAACUUGAGCUUCCAGAGGGAGGCUUGUCCAUGUGGGGUUCUCGGGAAAUCGGAACAGACUACGUCGAACUGAGAUACGAAGCACAACUCUUGGGCAUCCCUAACUCUUCGGUGGAUGCGCUACUGUUAGCUCAGCUGAAGCUACAGACAAUGCGGGCAUUCUUCAAUAUUAGACGCUUGCCGGAUCAGAAACAAAAAUCGCAAGAUCAAACGUCCAAACAUGUCUGGGAACUACUCAAUCGCGAGGGCCAGAGUAUUCCAGCAAUCAGAGGGCGAUAUUUAUUGGGUGAAAACUUGGACCAAAAGUUGAUCCUACCCUCGGAGAUUUCGACCAGUGACGAGACAGUAGAAUGCGAGUUCCUGUGCAUUCAGCACUGGUCGGAGCAAGGAGGCCCACAUCUUGUCAAGAACUUCGGAGAUGUGGUGACCGCGAUUGCAAUUAGCAGGUCUUUCACGCCGGGAAAGGUAAUCAGAAUUGGAGCCGUUGCGAUUCCAUAUGAGUCUUGGUGUGCUGCAAAGCCUGAGGCGAUUGUGAUUAGCUUAGACUAA